AUGUCGACCUGCCCCCUUUGCCGCACAACGUCUCUCCUAGUCGGAACCACGGACAAGAUACCACCAUGCCCAAAGAACGUCAAUACUUGUAUCCCAUGUGCCAAACUCAAAGCUCUCUUGGGGGAGAUCGUGACCGCCAAAGCGCAUCUCGCAGAGUUGCUUACACGGAUUCCACCCCUCCAUCACGCCAUGAACCACGCCCAUGACCCCCUCGAAAACCGACUUCCUCCAGAGAUCACAUCGCAUAUAUUCACUUUAUACGUGAAUUCCUCCCACCUGUCUACUUCCGAGUACGACGUUCAGGACAACAACCGAUACCUCCCGUUCACUCUCAGUGCUGUCUGCAAGAGAUGGCGAGAAAUCGCCUGGGCUACGCCGAAUUUGUGGGCCACUAUGAACUGGCUCGAACGUUCAAGAAGUCUCCCGCUCACCCUUGUCAUACGUUCACGGUCUCCUCUAUUCAUUAAUGCAAACCCCUGCGAAAGGAACGAUAUCCAGUCCUUAAUCAACGCCGUCAACGCUUAUUCGAGUCGCUGGGCUCGUCUUAUCAUACAUGCACCCCAUUCUGUGAUAUCACGCCUUCGCGGAGACGGUCGAGGGACGACAAUCCUCAACGAUCUGGAUAUAAAAAUCUGUGAGUCCGAGAGAAUGGACGCUGCCGAUAACUCGACUUCUUUCUUCAUAUCCGGCGUCAUUCCAACUCCAGAGCACGUCUCCAUUCGAGGCUUGCGAUUUCGCGCUAUCGGACUCAACUGGUGCAAUGUCGUCAGCGUCAACCUGUCUGGACUGUUUGUCGAUGAAUGCCUCUGCCUCUUUCGUGAAGCAGAUCAACUUCACUAUUGCAAGCUUCGCGUCGUGUCGGGAAACGACGGACACUCACUCUCACAAUCCGACAUUCUGAACGGAGCAAUCCAAGAUUUACAGAUCGAGUUCUCCGACGCUGAGCUGUUGCCAUCGCUAUUCUCCAGGAUUAAAUUCCCUGCAUUAAACAGCCUCGAAUGCGAGGCAAGUGACUCUGAUUAUGGUGGCGAUCGCGACACCACUGAGGCAAUAGCGGCUUUUGUUUCGCGUUCAGCCUGCCCCCUGGAGUACCUGCAGCUAUGCGAACUCAGGGCUCCUACAGCGGACAUCAUUCGGCUACUCAAGUUGACCACCAAGCUCGAAUCCUUACACUUGUUCGACAACUUCAUAAUGGAUGAGUUUCUCGACUUCAUGGCUCAGACGAAUACCGCCCCAGAAGAGGGUGACCACUUUCUCCCCUGCCUCAAGUCGUUCUCUUUCGGCGGCCCUCAGACGUAUUCCUGGACUUCAAUUAGGCGCCUUGCUCUAGUCCUUUCAGCGGGGGUCACUGAAGUUGGACAGACACUUUCGGAAAAGUUCCAGCAUUUCCUCCACCUCCUCAUCAUCUUCGACGGCACUGACGAUGCUGACAUGGAACAGCAUACUGCCGGCGCAGGUGGUGACGUUGACCCAAUAGUUUUCGCGGCCUCCGUCCCCUUUGGCGUUGGAGUUGGCGAUGGCGUUGGAUGCUGA